AUGAGCGGUCUGGAUUCGGGGUCGUUCAGGCGACCGUUGGAUUCGGACACUGUAGCAACGCGGUUCCUGCACGGGCGGCACAGCGCGAUGCAAUUCGCAGUGAUGCAGCUAGGCGUGUGCACGUUCAAGUGGGACGAAGACAGAAGAGAGUUCAUCGUUCACCCGUUCAAUUUCACGGUGUUCCAGCUGGCACACUCCUUCCAGUGCCAACACGCGGCGUCACCCUCUCUCCCUUUUCCUCCUCGCCUGCAACGCUCCCCCCUCAGGUUCAACUUCAAGGUGUUUCCACGAUCAGAAAUCCCGGGGUUUAAGGGCGUGCCAGCACACUCCUUCCAGUGCCAGCCGUCCUCGUUGGAGUUCCUGGCAACACACCACCUCGACUUCAACUCCUGGUGCCAGCCGUCCUCGUUGGAGUUCCUGGCAGCACACCACCUCGACUUCAACUCCUGGGUGCACCACGCAGCGCAGCAGGAGCAGCUAUUGGCAAGGGCUGUUGCGAGUGGCGUGCGUGGGGAGGGUGCAGGGGAGGGUGUAGAGGAAUUUGCAGGGGAGGCUGCGGUAGGGGGUGUGGGAGGGGAUGGGAGCAGCGUCAGUCCUGCGUUAGCAGCAGUGGUGGGGAAGAGGCCGUGGCUCUCUCUUCGAAUCAACGAUGCAUUUAACUGCCAUGCUGCCGACCAGGCAAUUCGUUAUAAGCACCCCUAUCUGACGUCACACGAGGAGCGGAUUGGUGCAUACAAGAGAGUGCGGCUCUUCCUGUGCGGGUCCAAGGAGGAGGCUGAGGACCUGCAGGGGCGGCUGCUGGAGCUGCGGCAGGCCGGAGCAGCAGCAGUGGUGCGCAGAGCAGUGGGGGUGAGGCGAGUGGUGGAUGCCUUGUCUCUGGCAUGCCAGAAUAAGCCGCUGGUGGGGCACUGCUGCUUCCUUGACCUCUCCCACAUUCUGCACAAGUUUGUGGGCCGAGUGCCGCCCUCCCCAGCGCUCUUCUCUCGCGAGGUCUGCCGGCUCUUCCCCGCUCUCUUCGACACCAGCAGCCUUGCUGCUGCCUCGCUUCUAGCACAGGAAGCUGCAAGCACCAACAGGCGGGCGUCACUGGGCGCUCUCUAUGAUGCUUCCAGGAACCUUCCGUUUGUGGAUGAGGCGCCCAUGCGAGUGCGGUUCAGUCACGAGGCUGCCAGAUAUUCCGCAUCCAACGGUCAGGAUCCAAGGCACGAGGCAGCAUAUGAUGCGUUCAUGACUGGAGUGGUGUUCGCCCAGACUUGCCACCGCCUUGGUCUCUCCCCCCACCGACUCUCCUCCCUCCCCCCUGCCGCUUCUGCUGCUGCUGCCGCUGCAAAGGAGGAGGCAGGGAGGUGGAGAGAGGAGAGGAGAGGGAGACGGGGAGAAGGAGAAGGGGAGGGAGACGGGGUGGGGAGAGGUGAGUUUGGGAGAGAGGGGGAAGGGAGGAGAUGGGUGGUGGAGAGGUGGAGGCGCGGAGAGGGGGUCGGUGCACGGGACAUCCACCUGGACCUCGCCACGGGGCAUGCUGCCAUUGGCUCCCGUGCCGCUCCCCUCCUCCCCUCCCUUGAUACUUUCCCCUUUGGACCCCCGUAUUCCUCCUCCUCCUCCUCCCCCACCACCAGCACCGCAAGCACCAGUAGCACCAGCACCAGCACCCGCAGCACCCUCAGCAGCAGCAGCAGCAGCAGCAGCAGCGGCAGGGAGGAGGAGGACCGCUCCAACGUGCUCUUCCUGUGGGGUCUGCCCGCCUCCCUCCCCCACCAGCGCCUGCGCUUUCUCCUGCGGGGAGCCCUGGGCCGCAACACUCCCCUGGAGCUGGAACCGGUUGACAGCGGCGCUGCCUUGGUGCGGUUUGGGAGUGGCAAGCAGAGGGACGUGGAGAAUCUGGGUAAGGUGGUGGAGAGUUUGGGGCGAGCACUUUUGGGAGGAGCGGGGAAUGGCAGAGGUGGUGGUGGCGGCGGCGGCAGCGGCGGUGGUGGUGGUGGGAGGAUGGGAGUUGGAGGAGAGAGGUUGGGAGUGAGGGAAGCGGUUGCGAGGGAAAUGGUUUCGCUUGGGAUUCGCGCCGCCCCGUUCUCUGCGUUUGUCACCUUGUGCGAGUCUACUGUUCCGUUUUUGUCUGCUAGUGAGGGCGCGGAUGUGCUCAGGUUGGAGGAGUAUCUUGUGUCUGCCGCCCAGAGAUCCCCGACUAGUGCACCUGCUGCCAAAACUAGCCGACCCAGCAGGAAAGAAGGGCGGGGAUCAAGAGAGGUCAAGAUGGCUGUAGGCGAUAGUGCUAUUGUUAAGAGAACAAAGGACAUCAACACGGACUUUGAGGUGGCGGACAUGACCAUGCCGCAGGGCGGCAGCUGGUCCGUGCACAAGUUCGGCGGCACGUGCGUGGGAUCCGCCGAGCGAAUCCUGAACGUCGCACGCAUCGUCGCCAGCGACCCCGCGGAGCGUCGCUUCGUCGUCGUGUCGGCCAUGGGCGGCACUCCCAAGGUCACCAACAUUCUGUACUCGUUAUUGGACAAGGCGGCCGCCAAGGACGUGAGCGGGUGGGCGGAGCUUAUAGCGCAGCUGCGCGAGAAGCACCGCGCGGCGGCGGCGGAGCUGCUGGGGGAGGAGGACGAGGAGACGAAGAAGAUCCUGGAGCGCAUUGAUGAGGACCUGAUCAACCUUAAAGCCAUGCUUAAAGCCAUCUCCAUCGCGGGCACGUCGACGGAGAUCUUCACGGACUUCAUCGUGGGGCACGGCGAGCUCUGGUCCGCCAUGAUCCUCGCCGCCACGGUGCAGAAGGUGACGGGCAAGAAGGUGGCGUUCAUGGAUGCGCGCGACGUGCUCGUGGUGCACCCAGCGGAGGGCGGCAAUCAGGUGGAUCCCAACUACGAGCGCUGUGAGGAGAACCUUCACGCCUGGUACGCUGCCAGGGGGGACGACGGGCACUAUGAGGGCGGGGGCCCGGACCUGGUGGUGGCGACGGGGUUCAUUGCGCGCACAGAGGACGGCGUGCCCACCACGCUCAAGCGAGAUGGGAGUGACCUGUCUGCGGCCAUCUUUGGGUCGCUGCUGCGCGCUGGGAGAGUGAUCAUCUGGACGGACGUGGAUGGCGUGUACUCCGCUGACCCCCGGAAAGUGCCUGAUGCUGUGAUUCUCAAGAACCUCUCCUACCAAGAGGCGUGGGAGCUGUCUUAUUUUGGAGCCAACGUGCUCCACCCGCGCACCACCCUGCCGGUGAUGAAGUACGCCAUCCCCAUGUUCAUCCGCAACGCCUUCAACCCCACGGCGCCCGGCACGCGCAUCGGCCGCUCCCACGACGCCUUCUCGGACGAGGAGCACGAGGCGGCGCACAACGAGCUGCUGGAGGAUGGGGCUGACCCUCUGGACGCCGUCGUGAAGGGCUUUGCCACCAUUGAGAACGUGGCGCUCGUCAACGUGGCUGGCACGGGCAUGGCAGGGGUGCCAGGUAUCGCGAGUCAGAUCUUCAACUCAGUCAAGAACGUGGGGGCCAACGUCAUCGCCAUCUCACAGGCCUCCUCAGAGCACUCGGUGUGCUUCGCCGUCCCGGAACCCGAGGCCGACAUGGUUGCCGCGGCCCUGCGCACCACCUUCCGCCGCGCAAUCGAAUCAAAUCGCGUGCACGAUAUCGAAGUCAUCCCGCACUGCACAGUCCUCGCAGCCGUCGGGCAGCGCAUGGCCAGCACUCCGGGGGUCUCGGCUGCUCUCUUCGCCGCGCUGGCCAAGGCGCGGGUGAACGUGCGUGCAAUCGCGCAGGGAUGCUCGGAGUAUAAUAUCACGGUGGUGGUCGAUCGGAGUGAUGCGGUGGCGGCGCUGCGGGCGGCGCACGGGCGGUUCUACCACUCGCAGAUUCCGCUGGCGGUGGCGCUGAUUGGCCCGGGGCUGAUUGGCGGCACGCUGCUGGAUCAGAUCAGGGACCAGCGGGCGAGCCUGAAGAAGGAGUUUAGCGUUGACAUGCGCGUGGUGGGGAUCAUUGGCGCGAACAGGAUGCUGAUCGAUAACAGAGGCGUGCACCUGAGCAACUGGCGGGAGGAGCUGGAGACGAGAGGCGAGGCAGCAGACAUGGUGGCGUUCGAGGCGUCGCUGAUGGACGGCCACCACGGGCUGCCCAACACGGUGGUGGUGGACUGCACUGCCAGCAGCGACGUGGCGGACAAAUACCCCACGUGGCUCGCUGAGGGGCUCCACGUGGUCACUCCCAACAAGAAGGCCAACUCCGGACCCCUCAAGGAGUACCUCAAGAUCCGUCAGUUGCAGCGCGAGCUCUGCACGCACUACCUGUAUGAGGCCACUGUGGGGGCGGGGCUGCCCAUCGUGGCGACACUCAAGGGGCUGCUGGACACGGGCGACCACAUCCACCGCAUUGAAGGCAUUUUCAGCGGCACGCUGAGCUACAUCUUCAACAACUUUGACGGCAGCAAGCCCUUCUCGCAGAUCGUGGCAGAGGCUCGCGCCAACGGGUUCACUGAGCCUGACCCCAGGGACGACCUGGAGGGCAUGGACGUGGCGAGGAAGGUGGUCAUCUUGGCUCGGGAGUGUGGUCUUCGCCUGGAGCUCGACCAAGUACCCGUGAAAAGCCUUGUGCCCGAGGCUCUCCAGCACGUGGCGAGUGUGGACGAGUUCAUGCAGCGGCUGCCUGAAUUCGACGAUGAGAUGGAGGCCAAGAGAAAGGCGGCCGAGGAGACGGGCGAGGUCCUGCGCUAUGGACCUAGGGAGCGGUACCAGUACCCCAUAUCAUUCAUCCGCGGGACCUAUUUUCCCUUUCUUCCUCUCGCCCAAUCAUCCCCCCUCUUCCUCCAGGUCCUGCGCUACGUAGGGGUGGUGGACAUGGACAAGAGGGAGGGGCGGGUGGAGCUGCGCCAGUACCCGCGCACACACGCCUUCACGCAGCUAGUGGGCUCAGACAACAUCAUCUCAUUCGUCACCUACCGCUACAACGUGCAGCCCCUCAUCGUCCGCGGGCCUGGUGCCGGCGCAGAGGUCACUGCGGGGGGUGUGUUCAGCGACCUUCUGCGCCUUGCUGCCUUCCUUGGCGCCCCCUCUUAA